AUGGAUAUCCGUGUUCUUCGCCCGGAAGAUAUUCCGCAUGUGCAGCUUGCGAAUAUUACGAAUUUGCCUGAGAACUACUUUUGCAAGUACUAUCUGUAUCAUGCGAUGAGUUGGCCGCAGUUGAGCUAUGUGGCUAUUGAUGUCUCUCGCCCCCCGAAAACACCCUACGACCCGCCCAAAAUCGUAGGCUACGUACUCGCCAAAAUGGAAGAAGAGCCCACCGACGGCGUUCAACACGGCCACAUCACCUCGCUCUCGGUAAUGCGCACGCACCGCCGUCUCGGACUAGCCGAGAAGCUCAUGAGACAGUCACAACGCGCAAUGGCAGAAACAUUCAACGCACACUACGUCUCCCUCCACGUCCGUGUCUCCAACCAAGCAGCCCUCCACCUCUACCGCAACACGCUCGGCUUCACCGUCGACAAGGUAGAAGCAAAGUACUAUGCCGACGGCGAAGACGCAUACUCUAUGCGCAUCGAGCUAGCCGACUUGAAGGAUCAGUUGAAGGAGGAAGAGGAGGAGAUUUUCGGGGCUUCCGAGGGCGUGGAUGAGGGCGAGGCGGUGGGUAGUGAGGGCGCGAAGAAGCAGAAGGUCAAGGUGGGGAGGGGGAAGGGCGUGGUUGAUUUGGUGGAGAAGAAUGAGGCGGCUGCUACUGCGUGA